CUUAUCUAUUGCACCCAAAGUAUAAUGCUUUUUGAGGUUGCUGCUCCCAUCAAUCUGCUCAGUAAAAAUAGCUCAUCUUGUAAUGGAGGAGAAAGUUCGAGUCGCAGCGCAGAGAAACGGGCAGCUAAUGAAGAAGCUGAAGACUUUACCACAAAGCCUGCUCCUGCCAAAAUGUCCAAGUUUGGAUUUGCCAUAGGCAGUCAGACAGCAAAGAAGGCAUCUGCAAUAUCCAUCAAACUAGGAGCAAACAAGCCUAAAGAGCCUGUUCCAACCCUUGCUCCUAAAACCCUUUCUGUAGCAGCAGCUUUCAAUGAGGAUGAAGAUAGUGAACCAGAAGAAAUGCCUCCAGAAGCCAAGAUGCGCAUGAAGAACAUUGGAAGGGAUACACCAACCUCAGCAGGACCAAAUUCCUUCAACAAAGGAAAGCAUGGUUUUUCUGACAACCAGAAGCUAUGGGAACGUAAUAUAAAAUCUCAUCUUGGAAAUGUCCAUGACCAUGAAAAUAACUAAAUGAUGUGGAUUGAGAGAUGGGUGUUUGGGGGGAGGGGAGGGUGUAACAUUAAAGGAACAGUUUCCUUUUUUAAGAAUGGUAUGAGACUAUCUUUGGAGCCACUUUUUUAAGACUUUUUGAGUGGUACACUAAUAACUGAGUUUGAAAUUAGAGGUAAUUUAUGUUUUGUAUACAGAUUUCAAGGCAUUUGCUAAUUUUGUAGUUCCAUGUGAUUAGUUUCAAAAGGUUAAAGAUAAUAAAAGAAAUUGGAGUGGUACCUUUUUAAGAUUUUUUUUUUAAUUAUUAUUUUUUUCUUAAUUGGUCAGUGGUGAAUUAAGGUGGAUGAAAAAGGUUACUGUCUCUUUAAUCAGGACAACAUUGAAUGCUCUUGCAUUCUCGUGUCUGGCUCCCUCUUCACAAAAGGAGAAACAGCUGACUCCUAGGAAUACUGCUAAAAAGAGUGAGGAUUGUCUUGUGCUAGAAGUGUUACUGGGCUAUGAAUUUGGUUAUAAACUUAUGCAGAAAAUAAUAAGAACCUGGAAUUUAUAUUUUUUUUCUCCCUGCAAUCACUUUUUGUUAAGUCUCUGCGAACUAGGAAUGACAUUACUCUUGAGUGGCUCUGGUAACUUAGCUCUAAUUUUGUUUCAAACUUUAUGUAGGAUGUGUAACCUUCCAUGGCCUGUUCCACCCUAAGGAAACAGGCCUUGUCUGUAUAUUAGAUACAGUCUGUAAAGAAUAUUCACUGCAGAGCUAAAGCAGUAUUUUCAGUGUGCUCCUCUUAAAUCCUUAGCUUUGAGUAGUGCUUGUUAGCAAUUCUUUGUGGUACAAUAAAGGCCGCCACCAAAAAAAAGACAAGCUAAUGUACAUGAAGCUUCACAUUUGGUUGAACUAUUUUUACUUUACUAUGCUUAGAAGGAAAUAAAAGCCACACCAAAAAUUGGUAACUCACUGCUUAAGUAUGAGAAAUCUUAAGAUGCACUUUCCCACUCUUGCCAUUUAAAGCAAAAUGCCUUGAUGUCUCUGACCUCAGUGGACGCUAUCAGGUUCGAGAAGAAUACAUUCUGGACUUGCAGUCCUAAGGCUUCUAAACAAGUGUCAGCUUUAGAAAGAAAACUCAAACUUUCCUAACUGUCUGCCUUCUGCAGUCGUUUCCAACAAUGAUAUUUUCUGGUCAGUUUAAUUUCCUAGCUUUUGGACUGUAGGACAGUGAUGCAGGAUUUCAAACCUAGUCUAAAUUUCAGUCUCAUUUCAAUUGCAUUGUUUGAAAACAUAACAAGACAGAAUAUUAUCAAUAGUAACAACACCAGCCACAUGCCCCCACAAAAAGCCUUUAAGUUCUUUUUAAAGUCAAAUACCUGAUAGUGUCAACCACUAAAUUAAUUUCAGCCUGGAACUGGUCAUAGAAUUCAAUAUGUUAAUUGAUUUCAUCCUGCCUCUAAAACCUUUUCUUCAUGCUAAAGUUGAACCUCCAAGUGCAGAAAGGAAAGUGCAUCUUGAAGUGUAUUAUUGGUUUUUUUUAAUUAUUAUUAUUUUAGGAAAGCUCUGACCACUUAGAUGAUUGAGUUUGUAAGUUCUAAAAAGAAGUAUUUUUUUGUAUUUUUGUAUUGUAUGUGUAUUUUUUUUCCUUUUGAAGUCUGAUGCAGUUGAAUACCUGUAACUAUUUUCUUUAAAAGCCUUGUUAUAAACGUAACAUAAAAACCUAU